AUGGAACAACAGGAGGAGGUAAGAGAAUUCUCAGACCUAAUCCCAGAAGAUCUUCUUAUUGAUAUAUUCUCUAGAGUCUCUGCAAAAUCUAUAGGUAGGUGUCGUUGCGUAUCCGAAUUGUGGGAACACAUACUUGGCCGUCCUGAUUUUACAGAGCUUUUCCUGACUAGAGCUCCUCCACGGCUUUUGUUUGCCUUCAAAGCUGAGAAAGAGUUAUAUGUCUUCUCUUCGCCUCAACCUCAAAGUCCCGAUGAUGAGAUAUCUUGUCUUGUAGCCACCCCUUAUAAGCGUUUUCCCAAAUAUGUUCCAACUGAUAUCUGUACCUCGCAAUAUGGAUUGGUCUUCCUACAACAUAGGCGAAGAAAAGCAGCGCAGGUGGUUUGUAACCCCUUGACGAGACAUUGCAUAACCUUACCCAAGUUGAAAGCGACGGGUGUUGAAAGAAGCUAUUUUGGCUUUGAUCCGACGAGCAAACAGUUCAAAGUGUUGUGUAUGACACGGUCAAGUUUUGUAACACACUAUACUCAUCGGAUUUUGACACUGGAGAGUGGAAAACGCGUAUGGAGGACGAUCCAAGACACAGUACCUGACCAUUCUCCUCUAGAGGUUGAUGAAAUAUGCAUAAAUGGCGUUUUGUAUUACAUAGCUCGUUUUCCAACGAUAGAAUAUAAGAUAGUUUGCUUCGACUUUAGGCGUGAGAAAUUCGGCUUUAUUCAAUUAGAUAAAGACAUGUUCCCUGUUCCCAAGUUCACUUUGUUCAACUACAAAGGUAAAUUAGGUGUACAUCAGCAUGAGAUGUUGGAAUUAGAAAAAAGUGUGUGGUGGGUUCUAGAAGAUGCUGGAGAAGAUAAAUGGUUCAAACGUAAAUGCAUGCUGCCAUCCGAAGUUAGAAACAUGAUGUGUGUUGGAAUGACGGGUACCGGAGAGAUUGUGUUUACGCCGUCGACGUGCUAUCUAUCAGACUCUUUCUACAUUUUAUUGUUCAAUACCGAGAGGAACACGGUUAGAAGGAUCUAUAUUCAGGGAUUUGAAGAGUUGAAGCCUCAUCGAACAGAAGUUUCCGUUCAGACCAUUUUAGACUUUGUAGAGAGGAUGUGA